CUGGUGAAUAAUUGAGUGCCUCCGCCAGGGCACGAUGGGACUCAAGGCACAGUGGCGCUUUUCGUAUCUCUUUUGAGCUCUGGAGAAAAUAAUCACGUUACUUAUGCCUGUGCUGGAGUGUAGAUUAUAACUAAAAGUUCGAUCUCCGCCAACCACCAGCCACUAGUCAGCGAUCGGUGCGCCCCGAAGAGUGCCUGGUGGCGCCUGGCAUCGCUCAGUGUUUACCAUUCACUUCUCUGGACGCUAAGGGGACACGUCGCCUCUCGUGUUGGAUCGAGGCUCCCAACCCUUCACGCUCCGUGGUUCAUUGGUGGUGAAGCCGCGGGAAGUGGGAACUGUUGCGACUUAGUGAUGCAUUAGCAAAGAUAACAGGGCGCUAAUUUCAGUCUCAUUUAAGUCACAAUUUCUCUCGUAACCAAACAGUACUGGAUUGCUACGGUAUAUACGUAACACAUAGUUAAAAGUGGAGACAUCUUGUUUGGUACAUCUCGUGGAAGACACGUGGCGGUGCCAUAAGUGCCAGCUGCUAUGUAUGUGUGUUCGGUGCCUGAAUUUGCAGUGAUGGGAUGCCUCCUGCUCCUUGCUGUUGCUGUUGCUGCUGCUGUCUCGGCUUAGGCAGGGGGACCGGGCGAUAAGCCCCGCCUCCGCCAUGACGUCAUCCCCCAUGCGGCCACCGGGCUUCAGGGAGUGUUAUGUGUGCCAAAGAGAGUACGGGUCCCGCUCCAUAGAGAUCCAUGAGCCGCAGUGCCUGGAGAAGUGGAGGGCUCGCAACGCCAGCCUCCCAAAAAACAAACGGGAGGCCACGCCGUCGCCGCCCCCGGGCCAUCCUCUCCACGAGGUGUCGCAGCAGCAGGACGACAUGCCACCCUCCCCCGCUGCCUACACGCCCACGUCAGACCCGGACGAACUAAGCACCUCCUGGUCUGACCCCCGCCAACGACGGCUCAGGGUCCCCAAAGUUCGCCCGCGCUCUGCCUCCUUCACCCACCCCGUCAGGAGAAACCGUCCGAGCACCGCCACCCUCAGGAAGCCCAAGGUGCUGGACGCCAGCUUGCGGGACGCCGUGGACAUGAGUGAAAUGACCCGCAGCAUGGUCGACCAGCUCAUCCUCUCCCGCGACGGCCAAGCGACAUUCAGUGACUACUCAAGCGACUUCACCUCCUCUUCCUCAUCCUCGCCCUCCUCCGUGGGUAGCAAGAGCCCAUUUGAUGAUUCGGGGGACUCUGAGAGCGAGGCAAGGCAGGGGCGGCCCUCCACCAUGCGCCUCCCACGCCCGUCUCGCAACAUCGCCGUGCCGGUCAUCACUACCGCUUCCCGCCCCACCAGGAAGACCUCCAACCUCAAGACUUUUGUGUCUAACGGGCGACGGCGGCAAGUCGAGGAGGUGUUCACGGGACCAAGGCACAAGGUCAAGAUUCCGGAGCCUUGCCAGACGUGCGGGAAGGAGCAGAAUCCGGAGAGGUUUCACAGCCACCCGCUCCACAUGCUAAAAUUCAAACCCAAGGCGGAGGAUAAGGAGAAAACAAAAACUCAGGACAAGAUGAUCGUGACCAAACCCACGGCCCUCAGGUUCAAGAGCAAAGGACCUGAGCAAGAAAACAAGAAGUCGCGCAAUAAGAACAAAUCGAAAAAGACUCAUGGCUCUCUCCGGCAGGUUCCGAGUGAUGAUAGUUCUCCCACUCUCUCUAAAAAACGCGAGGACAAGACGAUGCCUGUAAAGACAUUUAUCCAGAAUCAAAAGGCUUCCAUUAAAAAAGGACCAAAGGACAUUAACAUAGAGAUAUUCGAGGCAGACACCACCUCUGCCUUAUCUCUAAAAAGUGACAGUAACCGUAGUUUGGUGCACCAUAAAAAACAGAAUGCGUCCAGAAAGGAGAGAAGGGAAAAAGGUGAGAGGAAACAGUCUAACAGAGCUGCGGCAUCACAUCCUCCUCGAGAGAUUUCCAAGAUCGAAGAGGAAAGUGAGAACGCCCGCAGUGCCUCCAAGGAGGGGCGGGCCGGCAGCAGCUCCUCCAACAAGCAGCUGCAGGCGGCGCCCACCCUCGUCUGCCACAUCUGCGGCAGGGAGUUUGGCACCAGGUCCAUCUCCAUCCACGAGCCUCAGUGUCUGGAGAAAUGGAAGCGGGAGAACGACCGCCUUCCCAAGAACCUGCAGCGCCCCCUGCCGGAGAAGCCGUCCAAGGAUCUCACGCACGAGGAGUGGAAUCAGUUCGCGUGGGAGACAGCGCAGGCCCAGCUGGUGCCCUGCGAGUGGUGCGGCAGGACUUUCUUCCCGGAGCGCCUGCAGGUCCAUCAGCGGGGUUGCAAGCCUCCGCCAGGAGCUCCCAAGAAGAACAAGACCCAGCAAGACACAUCGCUCUUCAACGCGUCCCUAAACGCCGCCAAACCCACCGUGGUGUGCUACAUCUGCGGACGGGAGUUCGGCACCAUGUCGAUUGGCAUUCACGAGCCGCAGUGCCUCAAGAAGUGGCGGGUGGAGAAUGAGAACCUGCCGCCUGAGUUACGUCGUCAGGAGCCCCGCAAGCCGGAAGUUGUCUACAAUGACGACGGCAAGGUGGACCGCGAGGCGAUGGUAGAGGCUGCCUGGAAGACCCACCUGGAAACGCUGGUCAAGUGUGAGAACUGUGGCCGCACCUUCUUCCCUGACCGGCUCAUCGUCCACCAGAGGGCGUGCCAACGGGAGGCAUAAAGAUCUUUAAUUCCAUGUUUAUUUUCCGUUACGCUUAUAUUUUAUCCGUCCAUUAUGAAUUAGUGUCAUGUCCGAGCAGUGUACAGGGCCUCGCAUAUCGCCAGUCAAGUCGGGAAUUACAUAAGCUUAUUAUUUCCGGAGUGUUUACUUUACCGCUUGUGAUCACCUACGUAGGACCAUGUUUUGAUGAAACGCUUCUGCGCCGCACUUCCUCUACAUUCAAAAGGCUCCAGUUGAAGAGAUACGGGAUUUGAAGGGUGUUUUUUUUUUUAUGGUUUUAAUGACAGAUUAACAAGAUUUUUAGAUUUCAACAGGAAAAACAUUCUUGAAAACCCGGCUAAUCAUCAAUGUGGACUUUGAAAAUAGUCGUGGUGAGAGCGAAGCUUUUCUGAAUGCGGGCCCUAAUGUUUUAGUUACGCUACUGUUACGUUGUCUCCAACAGCGCGGUCUCCAGACUCCGAGCCACAGAAUUUUAUACUCAGGUUGCCAUAGUAAGGACAUGACUGUACGUAUCGCUGCAGCAAAAUUUUUAGUAUGAAUAAAAUAGAUGUGUAUUUUUAUAUUUCGGACUACUAACACUGGUGGUUGGUUAGGUAGCUAAAGAAAAAAAAACAAUGCAGAAUUCUGUUAUAUUUUAGCUUUUAAGGAGAGUAGUAAUGUUGCUCUUUCGUAGAUCAUGUUCAGUAUAUUUACUUUUUUUAUAGAUUUGUUUAUGUUUAUUGAGAGGGAAGGGCAGGGGGUGCAGUGGUGUGGAGGAAGAUGACGUGUAGCGCAGCGCAGCGACUGUACUGACAAAGAGCGAUCAGUUCCACCUAAAAGCGAUCAUAAUGGCAACGCCACACAGUGCUAUCGGAGAGAGAGAGAGAGAGAGAGAGAGAGAGAGAGAGAGAGAGAGAGAGAGAGAGAGAGAGAGAGAGAGAGAGAGAGAGAGAGAGAGAGAGAGAGAUUAAUAGCACUUCAGCUUUACAUUAGCUUGGUGAUGGCUCGGUAACAUUACUGCUAACAUUCUCUGCGUAAUUCCGUCCAGUGUGAACGCUGAGAGUAGACAGCGGUAGUCACAGUAGUGCUGCAGUGGGUCAUGUCCCCAGUCCUGUAAUACGUAGGGGCCUCGGGAGUCCCACGUGAGUGCCCCUUGAUCUGGCAACAGUGAGGGCCGCUCCGCCCAGCCGCGACCCAUCACUGGUAGUGGUGGUUUUCCAUUUGAUUUAUUUUAUGUAUUUAUUCAUUUUAUUAUUUUUCAUCGUAUAUCACUACCUGGAAAAAAAAGUAAAUACAAAACAUAUGUUACGUACCUGACAAACAAAAAAUAAAUAAAUAAAUGAUAAUAAUAAUAAUAAUUAGAUGUCAAUAAUUGAUAAAUUAUUUGCUGAGACCAGUGUUUGUACUCGGAUUUAUUCAGUAUUUGUAAUAAUUUGUUCUAAUGUUUAUCUGAGAUGUAGUACAUAAUGUUUACAAAUAUUUAAUAAUUUUAUCUAUAUUCAUUUAUUCUCUUUACUCGUGUGCAACUUUUUACUUGCAACUUUUUUUUUUUCGUGUGGAAAAUUGCUUAAUUAAAGAGAGCACACGCAAGAAGCAAUCAUUGUACUGUACGAUCAGACGUCCUUAUCUCCUUCCAGCCUGGUGUGUGUGUGUGUUUGUGUGUGUGUGUGUGUGUGUGUGUGUGUGCUGGGGCAGAAGUGUGAGUAGCGAGUGGUGUGGUGUAUGUCCAGCAGGGGAGGGCGAGGGCUAGUGGCAUGAUGUGCGUUAUUAUGUAAGAUAAAUUUUGCUCCUGGUGUGUGUGACGCUGGAGUGUAUACAGUCUGUACAGUUAUGGUGUGUGAGGGGAAGUGGCGCAUUGCUGUUCGUGGUGUCACGUGUGCCAUUGGUCUUUUCAUUUGAUUUUAUUUACUCUACAUGAAUGUCGAUGUUACCCGAGUGUGUGACAUGCCUGCAAUGAUGUUUAAUGAGACAAAAAACAGGUAGACUGAAUGUUAAGUGGUAUUUUAAACACCGUAGUGUCUGCAAGGUAUAAGUAAUUGUCCAUAAAAUCGUAAAAUAUAAUAUUAUUUUAUGAAACA